CCAGCGCUAAAACUCAGCAGAUUAAGAAUCAAAUAGUAAAGCAGCUCCGUUAGCUCGGUAUUUAGCUCGGUGUUUGUAGGAUAGUUGUUUACAUUAACUGGUUAUCUGUUUGCUAGCUUCCAGCAUGGCUUACCAGCUGUACAGGAACACCACGCUGGGAAACAGUCUGCAGGAGAGUCUGGAUGAGCUCAUACAGACUCAGCAGAUCACUCCUCAGCUGGCUCUGCAGGUUCUCCUUCAGUUCGAUAAAGCCAUCAACACAGCGCUCGCCAACAGAGUCCGCAACAGAGUCAACUUCAGGGGCUCUCUGAACACCUACAGGUUCUGUGACAACGUGUGGACGUUUGUUCUGAAUGAUGUGGAGUUCAGGGAAGUCACCGACCUGGUGAAGGUCGACAAGGUGAAGAUCGUCGCCUGUGACGGAAAGAGUGAGUCGUCCUCAACGUUCGUCUGAUUUUAUGUUGUGCCAGGUGAUGAACCGCAGGCUCCAACCCUGCAGAGUGACGCUUCUCUCUCUGUGUUUCGGUGUCAGAUGAAGUCACAGAUGGACCUGGACUGUACAUAUAAUUUAUUACAGCAGAGUCACAGAGUGUGUGUGAGAGUGUGUGAGAGUGUGUGAGAGUGUGUGAGAGUGUGUGAGAGUGUGUGAGAGUGUGUGAGAGUGUGUGAGAGUGUGUGUGAGAGUGUGUGAGUGAGAGUGUGUGAGUGAGAGUGUGUGCGUGAGAGUGUGUUUGUGUGUUUGAGUGUGAGAGUCAGAGAGAGAGUGUGUGUGCGCGUGUGCGUGUGAGUGUGUGAGUGUGUGUGUGUGUGUGAGUCAGAGUGGACCAGUCACUGUACCUGCAGCAGUUUGUUUUGGGGUUUUUUUUUAUUAUCAGUUUACAGGUUUUGGUUGAGUUUGCUGUAAUUAUUGAGCUGGAUCAUCUUUAAUAAAAACAUUAUUUAA